CAAACCUUGAGUUGGACUGUGACAGACAUGGAUGUCGCUCGCAAAAUAAAGGCGAAAGUGUCCUCUGGCUUCAAGAUGCGGGGACUUAUACCACGACCGUAUGUAUUUCAUGAAUAAGUAAACGUUGUUAGAGUUUGUUCAGCUCAUAUUGUGUCGCUAGUGUGUUUUUACGGAGUGGUUUUAGUGUUUUCUCCGGGUGAAGACAGGAUGUUCCUUAUAACUUCACACUAGAGCUGUACUUAACCUGCACUGUUUACCUCGUAAUCAUCUUUAUUCCCAAAGUUUGUCCUUAGCGUGACACUUAUAGAAGUAUUAUACGUCCACAUAGUUAAUUAGUUUUGGGUUUUUGUCCAGGACAGUUUGCUAUGAGAGGACAAAGUGAAGAAACGCUACAAAAUGGGAAUUCUCCUUGUUGUUUUGUGCUGCAGUGAAGCCUGUAGAUACCUUGUGGAGGUGUUGGAGUCUGUCAAUGCUUCUGAACUGGAUGAGAUCAUUGAAAAGGUCCUGGAUGCAGUAGAAAAGCAACCUUGUAAGUACAGCACCAUCUGUUUCUGUAGAUCUGUGUAAUGCAGAAUCUACUCAGUGUAGCAUUAAAUGUUUUGGUGUGUCUUCAAAAUGUGUAAGUUGUGACCAGAGUAUGUGUGUUUUCUUACAGUGUCCUCUAGCAUGAUAGAGCUGUCUGUGGUGGAAAGCGCUGUACAGGAUUGCACUCAGUCUUGUGAUGAAACCAUGUGAGUACUUUGUUGAUAAAUCCAGACAGAUGCUCCUUGCAGAUUAUUAGAGCUUUUUUUGUGAUUUCAACAUCUGACAUGAUGAUUUUUGUUUUUAUAAGAUUAUGUCCCUGCAGCAGCAUAUAUCCUGUCGUUUGAAAAUGCACGACUUACGCCACACUGUUGAAUUCCAGACUAUAUUUUGUCUUGUUUUUGCUACUUGACCUAUCUUGUAGUGCCAUGUCAUUAUCAUCUUUCAAGUUCUGCCAACUCUUUGCCUACAAAAGUUGUUUGUCUUCUAGAGAUACUAUUUUCAACAUCAUCGGAGCUUUUGACGUGCCUCGAUACAUUUACAGUGUGGAGCGGAAGAAAUUUGUACCGUGAGUCAAGAGACAAAUCCUUUUUUUCCCGUCUGCAGUAAACCUUUUACACCAUAAUAUCUACUGAAUGCAUUUCUAUACUGCUAAUGUGAAGUAGAGUCUCAGAUAUGUUUUUCUUGGUACUGUCUUUCAGUAUUAGUAUGACGAGUCAUAGAGCCUCCAGUCUGUGUGGUUUGGCCAAAGACAAAGCUGAACUCUUCAGAGAGCGCUACACCAUCUUACAACAGGUUAGUGGAAUUUGUUCAUUGUUAAAUUUUGGUGAGCAAACCCACUCUGCUGCAUUAUUGAAAUUAAAGAGACAUAUCUUUUAUAGCGUACACAUCGGCACGAGCUCUUCACUCCACCUGCAAUAGGAGCUGCUGUUGAAGAGGGUCAAAACAAAUUCCAGGUAUAAAACUAAAACCACAGUAACUUUUACCUACAUUUGUGCACAGCUGUUAAAGUAAUUGGAGAUGGACUGAGAGGUUGUUUCUUUUUCUUUUUCAGCUGAAAACAAUCGAAGCGCUACUGGGGAGUACAGCCAAACUUGGAGAGGUGAUUGUACUGGGGAUGGUCACACAACUGAAGGAAGUGAGUUUAAGUGGUGAAAAGCUGAUUUGGUUUCUACUCUACUUUUAUGUGUCUGAACAUUUCUUAUACUUUUGAAGGGUAAAUAUUACCUGGAGGACCUGAGCGGAACAGUACAGCUGGACAUGUCUAAGGCAAUAUCCUUUUUUGAGUUUCUCAGAGCUUUUCUUGAAAGAUCAAAACUUUCUAAUGAUAAAUAAAAUGCUGUAUUACUUUAAAAUCAGCAUUUUCCUUAUCUGGGGUCUCACCAGUUUCACAAUGGUCUGUACACGGAAUCCUGCUUCGUAUUGGCAGAGGGUGAGAGAACGACUUCUUCAAUUACAUGAUUAAAAACAGACUAAUGUUAAUUAUGAAUUGAACAAAAAGGGAUCAUAUGUUCAAUUAUAAGAUUACAAAUGUUUGCUCUGCAGGUUGGUAUGAAGACUCGGUUUUCCACGUCAAUGGCUUUGGAUUUCCACCAACAGAACCCUCAUCAGGCACAAGGUGGGUGGAUUGGAAGUAAACCCUUCAAACAGACUGUGAGUUAAUGAGGUGUCAGUGUAACUAAAUGUGCAACCUGACAUUGGAUAUCAGGUGAAGUUUGUAGUAUUUACAUGUCCAAAUUAUUAAACCUGAAGUGGUUUUACAUUUCCCCCCCUACUAAUGUGAUCUUUAUGCUUUUGCCAGAGCUUACUACGGGGAUAUUAAUUUCUUUGGUGGUCCAUCCACAACUUCAGUGAAGGCCUCGGCCAAGCUGAAGCAGAUGGAGGAGGAGAAUGAGGAUGCCAUGUUCGUUAUCGUCUCUGAUGUGUGGCUCGACAGUGUUGAGGUCAUGGAAAAGCUGAACAUCAUGUUCUCAGGUCUGGCAUUGAAUCAUGAGCUUUGUCUUAGCUAACAAAGAAGAAAAUAAACUUAGUGAGACAAUAAUCAACAUAUUUUUUACUUUUUUUCCCCCAGGCUAUGCUUCAAUGCCUCCCACAUGUUUCAUUUUUUGCGGUAACUUCUCCUCUGCCCCGUAUGGAAAAUCUCAAAUCAAAUCACUCAAAGGUGAGACCGCUGGAUCCUCAUCCCUCGUUACAUGCUGGAGAUUAAAAUCAUUUGUGUGACAGAAAUAAAAAGAUUCAUUUUCUUUACUUUUUUCUAGAGUCCCUGAAGGCUCUUGCUGAUGCAAUAUGCGCCUACCCCAGCAUUCACAGCAGGUAAAAUAUCAUUUCAUUCUCGCUGUAGUCAUGUCUGUUCUAGCUUUACCCGUGCUAGAGUUUAUGGCUUUUAUUAAGAUGUUGUUUUCCUACACUUUUAGUAGCCGCUUUGUGUUUGUCCCUGGUCCCGAAGAUCCAGGUCCAGGCACCAUUCUGCCCCGGUAAGCCCUCAGUAACAUUUCUGUAUAACAGCAAUAUUAGAGUUAUUUUCUGUCCCUUAGACAAAUGUAUAUACAUAUUUUUCCAACAGGCCUCCUUUGGCUGAUCACAUUACAGAGGAGUUCAGACAGAAAGUGCCAUUUUCUGUGUUCACUACCAACCCUUGCAGGUAAAAUGUGGGGCUGUCAUUUUAACGUAAGAUACUUAUUAGAUUUCUUUGUAUGGAAAUUUAUUUAUGCUCCAAUAACUGUCAUGGACUUCGUUUAUUUCUGUUAUUAGAGGCUAGGAGUAAUCUGCCUUGUUUCUUGUCAGGAUUCAGUACUGCAGCCAGGAGAUCGUCAUUAUCAGGGAGGACCUGGUCAACAAAAUGUGCAGAAACUGUGUCAGGUUGCCUAAUAACAACCUCGACAUCCCAAACCAUGUGAGUUUCAGCAUCUGCAAACAAAAUGAUCAGCACACAAACUGAAUUGUUGAUUUCUGUAAGAAAUCGUGUAUGAGUGCAUUUUUAUUCUUGCAAAUAAGAACCAAUUCUUUUUCUCCUCUUCUCUCCAGUUUGUGAAGACCAUCUUGUCUCAGGGUCACUUGACUCCACUUCCUCUCUACGUCAGUCCUGUGUUCUGGGCUUACGACUACUCCCUGCGUGUCUACCCAGUCCCUGAUGUUAUUGUCUUUGCAGACAAAUACGAUCCAUUCAGCAUCACAAACACAGACUGCCUGUGUCUCAACCCGGUAAGAGACGGGAAACAGUGAAGCAAGAGUUCUCAAAAUUAUUCACAGAAAAAAAUAAACUAUAUUUAACAAGCUUGUCUUAAAAAACUAUAUCUACAUUCCCACCAAAUAACUGUGUCAAAAAGUAUCGGCAUCCUAUCCAGUUAAAUAACUUUGCUAUCACCCAUCUCUAAUCUCAGUGGAAUCAUCUUUUGAGAGUUGUAUCUUUUAAGAGUCCAAAUUAAAAUCUUACAGGGCUCCUUUCCAAAAAGUGGCUUCACAUUCAAGGUGUACUACCCAUCCAACAGAACAGUUGAGGACAGGUGAGAUAAGUUUUUAAUGUUUCAAUUUUCAUCAAUCACAGUAGAUAGAUGUGUUUUUGCUAAUACUAAUCAGUUUUAUUUUUGUGUUCACAGCAAACUUCAAGGACUCUAAAAGACAUCGUGGAGUUAGACUGCCUGCCUUUGUAUGAUAGUGUAUACUUAAACUGCCUGGUUAUCAAAUCUCGUGUUUCAUUGUGUAUGUGUGCAUGUGUAUGU